GGUGUAUGUGUGGUGAUAUCGAAGCACGGUAUUACAAUUAAAGCAGUUUACAUUUGUGCUAAAGAUUAUUAUUAAAUAUAAUAUCCGUUUUGAAUUAUCUUUUGACAAACAAUAAGUUUUUUACAUUUUGUUUAGGCGGAAUGAUUCAAUGAAAAAGAAUUGUAAAAAAGUAUAUUUAAUAACAGUGUUCAAUUUAGUAUUAUUGACAGGUAAAUCAAUUUUAGUUUGUGCUAUAACGAAUGUCGAACACGGUUAAAAAACUAAAACAUGCUGACAUCAUAAAUCACCUUGAGCGAAAAUCCAUAAGUAAAAUUCCGGUAUAAUCCUUUUGUGUGAAUAACUAUAAAAUUGUGUACGCAACUCAGCCGUACAGGUUUCAAGGUACAACCCAAAAAAUACAUUGUUUUGACAUCAGCAUGGAAUUAGAGAAAGUAAAGAUAAACAGCCUUCAUUGUAAUGAUGCUGUGCUCUCUUCACUUCAAGCAUCCCCUUCUGCGACAUCCCCUCAGAGCGUUCCUUCAAAGGCGAAUGUCGUCACCGAGGCUUCUAUUAUCGAAAAGACGAAUCAACCACAUAAUGUUCAGGAAGAUAAUAACUACAAUAGAGAUUGCGACAGCCCCGAAAGUUCUAGCUCGGAGCAGGAUAAGGAGUUGGAUGAUCUGCGGAACUUGCACUCCUCCUCUCUAACAAACAGCGUAGUGGUGGGGAAAUCGACUGGCUCGCUAAACGGCGUCUACUCUAUCACAUCAGUCACUUCCGAAACUAAAACGCUUGAAAGUGUUGUCACGACCAACUCUGCUAGUGGGUCGGCAUGCUUAAGCAAUACACCCACCGCUGAUCACAUAAAGAAACGUAUCCCAAGCAGUCGAACGCCGACAAGAAAGGCACUAAGAAUCAAAUUCUACCGGAACGGGGAUCGUUUUUAUCCGGGUAUAACAAUUCCCGUGUCUAACGAACGGUACAGAUCCUUUGAAAGACUUUUUGAAGACCUAACCCGUCUGUUGGAAGAGAAUGUAAAGAUACCAGGUGCUGUUCGCACCAUCUACAACUUGUGUGGGAAGAAGAUUACCUCUCUCGAUGAAUUGGAAGAUGGACAGAGCUAUGUUUGUUCCUGCAAUAACGAGAAUUUUAAGAAGGUUGAGUACAACACUGGUUCCCAGCCUUUGUCCAAUCUGCCGCUGAGCAAUAGUCGUUCCAACAGUCAUCGAUUGGCUAAGUGUCGACCAUCGUCUCCCCUAAAAAAUGGCUUGCUUGCAGGCAGCAGUCCUUUCCCAGCUUGUGGCGGAGGAACGGGAAACGGAAGUCCACUUAUCGCUUCCAGAUUAAGCGAUCGAGUUACAGUGGUUCAUCCUCGUAUUGUGACGCUGAUACGUAGUGGAACUAAGCCGCGGCGUAUUAUGCGAUUAUUGCUAAACAAGCGUAACAGCCCGAGCUUCGAUCAUGUGCUGACCGCCAUUACGCAAGUGGUUCGCUUGGACACGGGCUAUGUGAGAAAAGUAUUCACUCUUUCCGGUAUCCCAGUGGUCCGACUAUCUGAUUUUUUUGGGUCGGAUGAUGUUUUCUUCGCUUAUGGGACAGAGCGGAUUAACACUGCGGAGGACUUUAAGUUAGAGGCGGAGGAGCAGCGAGCUAUUAAUGUCAUUCGUAAGACCAUGCGCACGACUGGAACCACAUGCAAGGGACCUAAGCCUAAGAUGCCCAUAAAGAGCAAAAAAGUGUAUCCUCCUUUGGUUGAUUCGGAGCCAUUUAAGGCAGAAACCACACCAGAAGAUGAUAGGCAUGCGGCUUUACUUACGAGCACUGGUAUGGAGAUCAAUGAAUUGCCAUCGAAUAUUCGUAACACUUACUCUCUGGGAAGAAUAAUUGGCGACGGCAACUUUGCCAUUGUGUUUAAGAUUAAGCACCGCCAAACUGGUCAUUCCUACGCCCUAAAAAUAAUAGACAAGAACAAAUGCAAGGGCAAGGAACACUACAUAGACGCGGAAGUUCGCGUCAUGAAAAAAUUAAAUCAUCCGCAUAUAAUUUCGCUUAUUUUGAGUGUAGACCAAAAUACAAAUAUGUAUCUUGUACUGGAAUAUGUAAGUGGUGGUGAUUUAUUCGACGCUAUAACUCAGGUAACGAGGUUCUCAGAAAACCAGUCGCGCAUUAUGAUUAGACAUUUGGGUGCGGCCAUGACUUAUCUGCAUUCAAUGGGCAUUGUGCAUCGAGAUAUAAAACCUGAGAAUCUUCUAGUGAAAUUGGAUGAGCAUGGAAACGUUCUUGAACUAAAGCUUGCUGAUUUUGGAUUAGCAUGUGAGGUAAACGAUCUUCUAUAUGCUGUCUGCGGGACUCCCACAUAUGUAGCACCAGAGAUAUUGUUAGAAGUCGGAUAUGGGCUAAAGAUUGACGUUUGGGCCGCUGGAAUCAUUUUGUAUAUACUUCUAUGCGGUUUUCCGCCGUUUGUAGCGCCUGACAACCAACAGGAGCCGCUAUUCGACGCUAUUAUCUCUGGCAUUUAUGAGUUUCCAGAUCCUUACUGGUCUGAUAUAGGGGACGGAGUGCGCGAUCUUAUUGCCAAUAUGCUUCAGGCGGAUCCAGACGUUCGUUUCACAAGCGAAGACAUCCUUGAUCACAGUUGGACGAUUGGAAACAAGGGGAACGAGUGUACCACAUAUAAAAGAUGAGUCGUAGCUGUGGGAAUUUAAAAAAAGCAACUUUCACUCUUAAACGACGAACUUUUGUAUUUCUGAUCUAAAAAUGCUUUUAUAUUAGCCCUAAUUUAUUUUUACAUAUAAAUUAUAUGUGAAUUCUUACAUAUUGCAAUAACAACAAAGAAUGACCAUCGAAAAUGAAUAAGAAAUUCGAGCAACACAAUCGUCAUCAGUUGGUUUCCAUUAAUGUUUAACUUUUUGAACCAUUUACACUUGUACAUGAAAAUAUACAUAUUUUUAUUUUAGACCGUUUAAGUGAAUCAAAUUCCGUUUAAUUUAAUUUCAACACCAUCUAAUUUUUUUGUGAACACAAUGUGUCUGCGGAGGUAAAUUUCCUUCAAAGAGGAGUGUGGUAAAACUACAAUUUAUCAUAAGCUUUUUAACUAAAGAAAAAAUUGAGGUCUAUAUUUUAAAGUAUUGUUUUACUUUUCUAUUCGCAUAUCACUAGUUAUGAUCGAAACAACUUCAGCAUUUUCUUAUCUUCGUGUAUAUAGUUUAGUGUAGCAUCCCUCCCACAAUAUAAUAUAAUGAAAAAUAUAAUACUCUAUAAUAAAAAGUAUAUUACUAUAUAUUAAAAAUAUAUAAUAUUAUGAUGCCUGAUGAUGCCUUCCUGGAUGCGCCAAGCUGCCAUCUCAACGUGGAAUGUUGUCAUCAUUCAGAAAAACUAUAUUUCCAACUUUGAUGUUAGACGUAUCGACUCGCCACUUACUUCUCUCUUGUAGUAGGGACAAAUGCUUGCAGCUCCAUCCGUAUUGUUGCAUCUGGGUCACCCGUUGCUACCUGGUUCACCCUUGCUAGGCGGCCUACGCAAAGUAGAGUGUCCGGCUCAGGAAAUUUUGUGUAGCUGGCAAUGCGCUUGCAGAAGCACCUCAAGACUUUCAACAUUUUUUGAAAUAGGACAGAGUAGACGGGAAUUAAGGAUGACAGAAAUCUCAUACCCCAGAGUUCCUAAUUCUUUGAUGGCUAAGAUGGAAUACACAACGAAAUUUAGUAAAAUUUAGCCGACUUAACAUCAGUCUCCCAUAAAUUACCGAAGUGUGUGGCACGCGGUGAGAUGAACUCCCAAUCGAUCUAAUCGCAGCUCGGCAAGCUCGCUCUUUGCAAUAUUUCUAUCAUAGCGACUUCAGCGUACAUUGCCCCGGUAUUUACUCAACGGAAUUGACGGUUCAAAAAUCUUGCUUAGACUAAUCUGGAUAAGCGUUUCUUUGUUGGCUUUUUAUGUUCAAAUUCAGGUUAUACAUUAUCUUGAUUUUAUCAGGGACUAAAAUCAGUCUUGCAUAUUAUGCACCCUAUCGCCGCAACUGCGAUGAAGACCUUUCCACGUUGGGUUCACGACGUACUGUAGCAAAUCAUUUAAAGUGUGAAUGUACCCUUAUCUAUUUCCCUUAGGAGCAGUUUACUAAAGUUGUAUUUUUUGAUUAGGUUGAUUGUUGCCACCAAUUAAGUAAAUGCAAUUCGUCAAUGAAAAAGUGUCCAUUCGAACGACCGCAAUCGGACACCGCAUUGGAGAAAUAUGACUCUUAGGUGGGAACACUUGACGACCGGGGUAACCCAGAAAAAGCUCUAAACUGGUAUAAAAAGAACUCAGCUCCCGAUAGAUAUGUGUAGCUAAUUCUCGGGAGGUGCGAUUCUCGGACUCAAGUAAUUUGAGAACCAGAUAGCGGUCGGAACGUGCCGUGGGAAAACCUACAUCCCAGAUAAGUUAACACACAGCACUUACUUCCCCCUCUCAACCCCGCUGGCUGUCACCACUGCAGUUGCGGUCAUUGUUAUGUAAUCAGGACAGUUCCUACCCCACCUUCAUCGCAUCGGAACUGCAGCGGAACCCGCUGACACCGUGAGAUUUGGCUAAGCGUUGGGCCGCUGAGCUUUCGAGCGGACGGCAAAACGCUGGCCAGUCAGUCGAAUUUCGGCAUUUCGACAAAACUGUUAUUAAUUUCAAUUGAAUAAACCUGUCUGAAUGAUCUGAAGACUCAAAGCUUUUACGUGAUUAAAG